UUGAUAUUUUCAAAUGAUGAGAGACGUUGGGUGAGUUUAUUAGUUACUUUUAUUUUUCUGUUCGAAAUAAAAAACCGAUCAACUGAUCAACAACAAGUGCGCUUGGGAAAUAUCAUAUCAUCAUAACCUCCAACAACAGCAAUCAACAAGGAUUCAACAAUUAGAAAAUCUCAUCACAUUGUUGAAUAAUUUUCUUUAUAAAUUGUGUUUUUUAAACUUCUUUUCUGUCUAAUUAAUAGUAUCCUUUGUCUGUAUAACUGACCAUUCAAUGGUUUACUUUUUACCACAAUCAAGAAAUCCUUUUGAUCCUUUUCAAUACCACCUUCUAUUUUAAUACAAUCAAUGGUAAACAGAUCAUUAGAUUACCUUGUUAUUGAAUUUCUAUUAAGCAACUACUGUGAUGUCUUCACCAUCGGUUCCUGGCGCUGGUUCAGUUAAAUCGCCAUUGUUACACUUCAACAAUGUCGGUUAUAACAAUAAUCUAAAUGCUGAGAAUAGUCAACCAUGUGGAGUGGCUUCCCGACUCAAGUCCGCUUUAUUAUCUUUGGUUGGAUCUAACAGCAAUGUGUUGGUAAUUAGUGGUGAUUGUGAAAGAUCAGCACAUGAAUCAACUGAAUCAACUCGAUCUGAUUCCCUUUUCUCAACUAGUCUUCAGGUUUGCAUCGCAAUUACCUUAUCUGGUUUUGGAAAUGUUGGCGCUGGACUUAUACUUGACGUUGUUCAACAUUGGUCAGUAUUUAAAACAAUCAAUGAAUUGAUCAUUUUGGUACCAUCACUUUUAGGUCUUAAGGGUAACCUUGAGAUGACCAUGGCAGCUCGACUUUCAACCCAAGCCAAUCUUGGAAACAUGAAAGACUUUAAGUCAACCCUUUACCUGGCUAAAGGUAACAUGGCACUGAUCCAAUGUCAAGCAACCGUAGUCGCUUUUCUGGCCACAAUAUUCGCCAUCGCCACUAAUUCAAUUUCCAAAGGUUCAAUUGACAUGCAAAAUAUUCUCAUUCUCCUCGCAUCCUCCCUGUUGACCGCUAAUGUUGCUUGUUUUCUUCUUGGUGCUUGUAUGGUUACUAUUAUUGUUCUCUCCAAUCGAUUUGAAAUUGAUCCCGAUAAUGUGGCCACUCCACUUGCUGCUUCCAUUGGCGAUGUCACCACUUUAGCUCUUUUAGCCUCUUUUGCUCAAAUUAUCCAGAAUCACGCUCCUCCUGGUACAACAUCAAUUCCCUCCUGUAUUAUUAUCCUCAUUCUGUUUGCUCUUCUUCCCUUCUGGAUAUACACCGCAUGGAAAAACGAACACACCAUCAAUGUUAUCACCUCUGGUUGGCUUCCAAUCAUUUUAGCGAUGUUGAUCUCGUCAAUGGGAGGUUUCAUCCUGAACGAUGCUACCUCUCGCUUUGAACGUUUAGCAAUGUUCCAACCGGUAAUCAAUGGUGUAGGUGGUAAUCUGGUUGCCGUGCAAGCAAGUCGAUUAUCAACUUAUCUUCAUCGUCAAGGUAAACCUGGUCAUCUACCCUUAAGCUUUGGUUGUUUAAUUUCACCCUGUAGAGCUUUCAUUGGUUCCAAUAUAAAUGUUUCUACCGCUCGAGUUUUACUUUUAAUGUCGAUACCAGCUCACAUUUUGUACCUCGUUGUAUUCAGACUGAUCAAGGGUGUCGGUGGUUUCGAGAUGACCACUUUUUUCAUGACUUUUUACCUCAUAUUUGCGGUUCUACAGGUUUCUAUGCUUCUCUAUUUUGCUCAUAAUUUGGUUAUACUUUUAUGGAGAAAUGGAACUGAUCCUGAUAAUUUCUCAAUUCCAAUUUUAACCGCCUUAGGUGAUUUCUUAGGCACUGCCUUCCUGUUAGUUGUUUUCAUCCUGUUAUCAACUGUGAGCGAUAUCAAUGCAAUGUAAAUGACAAUCAAAUGAACUCGAAAACAUAAUCAUAACAAUUAUUAAAUCAUAGCAAUUGGACAGCAAAAAAAAGUGCAAAGCAAACAUCUCUAAUUCCCCUAAUUAUUAACAAUCAUAACAGUUAUAAUAGUUUAUAUUUUUUUUUUUGGAACACACAAUCAGUUGAUUUGACAAAUCAUUCAGAUUGUAAUCAAUUGACAGCUCGCAUGAUAAAAGGAUCACACUGAGUAUUGACACUUACACCCAAAGCAAUUAAUGUGCAAUCAAGAUACACACAUAAACAUUUCAAUCUAAAUUAUAUCAAUGAAAACAAUUAGUUAUUAAAUAUUGAAUGAAAGAGCGCUAAUCAGUGGACAGCAUGAAGAUAUUAUAAAGAAUAAUCUGAAACAAGGAGCUGAAUAGAUACUCAUGAACUCAGAGAUUCUCAAUAAACCACAUACACGACACAAAAUGUUCAUCAUCAUGGAACACGGAAAAACAAUGGAUCAAGAUAUUGAAAAACAAUAAGUUAAACGAAAGGGUAAAGAACUGAUUUCAUUUGGAUGUCCAUCAAAGUCCAUAAAGUUAAUCAUCUUUAAGAUGCUUCAAAGGAGCUUCAUGAUUUCUGAGUUACAUGAGACGGAAACAAUCACAUUAUAUAUCAGUUGAAGGAAAAGAAAACUUUUCCAUUAGUUUGAAACAUAAUCUGCAAAGUAUUUUAUUCUCAUUAACAAUCAAAUGUUUAUCUUUACCUGUUAUUUAAUCAAAAAUCUCAUCUAAUAUCAGUGUCUUUUGUAUCUCUCUCUCUCUCUCCUAUUUCCUUUUCCUCUCAAAUCAUCAACUCAAAACCCACCUUAAACAAAAUUCUAGUGCAAAAAAAAUCAUUGAUUUAUAUAAACAACAACAAAGUCUAUUGUAAAUACAAUCUAAUUAGUUGAUCAUCAUGUUUCAUUAGUUAAAAAUUGUAUCACCUGAAAAGUCAAACUAAUUGAGAGACAAAAUUUUGAUGACAAAUAUUUAUUUGCUCCUUUUUUCUAAUUACUGAACAAUUAACAACCUCUGAUCUCAAUCAUGAUCAACCUGAAAAAAUUACCUGCGAUUUCAUAUAUAUACACAAAUCACUUUCCCCUGGACAGUAACUUGAUGUAUAUAUAAGACUAUGUAUUAAUUUUUAUCAUAUGAAAAUAAAAAUAUUAAUUUACUUAUAA